AUGACAAAAAGAAAAAGCAAUGAUAAUGCAGCCGUGGGCGUUGCACGACCCUCCACCUUUGAGGUCACCACGGCUGAUCUUCAGCGUCUCAUGGAGGCAAGGGGCGCUGCCAGUGUUAAACUACUCAAUGAACGCUAUGGUGGAAUACAGGGUCUCUGCAGGAAACUCAAGACCUCUACACACGAUGGUAAAUCGUCACGUGUUAAUCUGUUUUCAAGUACCCCUAAGCUUUCAAUUUUUGGAGACAAUAACAGAUUAAACUUGUGCUUUUUAAAAUUAUUUUUAGGCUUGUCUGGCUCUGACUUUCAAGAGAGGCGAGAGGUCUUUGGCACCAAUGUCAUACCACCGAAACCGCCCAAACACUUCUGUACAUUGGUGUGGGAGGCCAUGCAAGAUGUGACCCUCAUCAUUCUUAUUGUCGCCGCUUUUGUCUCCCUUGGUCUCUCGCUCUACACUAAAUAUGUUGAUGCUGCCAGUCAGGAUGAGACAGAAGGCGAGGCUGGAUGGAUAGAGGGAGUUGCUAUUCUCGUUGCCGUGGUGGUUGUUGUUCUUGUGGUGGCCUUCAAUGAUUGGUCCAAGGAGCGUCAAUUUCGAGGGCUGCAGAACAAAAUUGAAUCGGAUCACAAAUUUGCUGUCAUUCGACAAGGUCAAUUGGUUCAACUCCCCAUUUCUGACAUACUUGUUGGUGAUAGCCUUUAUCGUUCUUGUCUUGAAAGUGAUCACACCCACGGGUUGUUUAUGAGAGAAAAGCAAGCCUUACUUCCAAGUGUUUGUACUCGAUCGCGUCAUUUGUUUAACCUCUUUCUCUACCUCCCUUCCUUUGUUUGCUACCCUUUAGGCACAAACGUGGUGGAAGGAUCGGGUCGUAUUGUCAUAACUGCCGUCGGUGUGAAUUCACAAGCUGGUAUCAUUUUUGCUCUCCUUGGUGCUGCUGAUGAUGAGGGUGAAAAAAAGAAGGGUAAAGAUAAAAAAGGUGAUUCUACACGCGACUCUAAGAAGUCCGACAAGAAGAAGGAUUUGGAGAAGGCGCCUGAGACUGUAGCACUGAAGACAGCUGAUGCUCAAGCACCGGAAGAGAAGAAGAAGAAAAAGAAGUCAAAAUCGCGAAAAGAGAAAUCUGUUCUUCAAACUAAGCUCACUAAACUCGCCAUUCAAAUUGGUUAUGUGGGUACUGCUGUUGCCGUGCUUACCGUCAUAAUUUUGGUGCUCAAAUUUACAAUCGUGACGUUUGUAUUCGACAAGGAACCGUGGAAUACGGGCAAGCAUUUAAAACGUUUGGUGGGUUUCAUAAUCACCGGUGUCACCGUCUUGGUGGUCGCUGUACCCGAGGGUUUGCCUUUGGCUGUCACCCUCUCUCUCGCCUACUCCGUUCGGAAGAUGAUGGAUUCACUCUAUGUGUGUGUAUGUGUGUAUUUCCGUUUUACAUGA